UUCCCAAAAUCCAGCACUCUUUCCUCUGGCGAGGCUCCUUUGUACUACAGUAUUUGUUAGCUGCUCCUUGGACUCUUAGGACAAUACAUGACCUGUGUGACAAUGCUGCGGUAUUGGGGUGAGAUUCCAGUUUCAUCUAACCAGGCCAACCGCAGCUCCUUUGACCUGCUUCAGCGUGAGUUCCGUACCGUGGAGGUCCAAGAUCCUCCCCUGCAUCAGCCAUCUGCAAACAAGCCACGACCCACCACCAUGUUGGACAUCCCCUCAGAGCCGUGUAGCCUCACAAUUCACACCAUUCAGCUCAUCCAGCACAACAGGCGGCUGCGCAGCCUCAUUGCCAUGGCUCAGGCCCAAAACCAGCAGCAAGCAGAAGGCAUAAAAACUGAAGAUAAUGAACCUCUGCCAUCUUGUCCAGCCUCUCCACCUCUCCCUGAUGACCUGCUUCCUCUGGAUAGCAAGACCCCCAAAAUGCCAUUUCAGCUGAGGCAUAGUGACCCAGAGAGCGAUUUCUACAGGGGAAAAGGGGAGCCAGUCACUGAGCUGAGUUGGUCCUCCUGCCGGCAACUUCUCUACCAGUCAAUGGCGACCAUCCUGGCUCACACAGGCUUCGAGUGUGCCAAUGAGAGCGUCCUGGAGACUCUGACAGACAUCGCCCACGAGUACUGCCUCAAGUUCACCAAGCUGCUGCGCUUCGCUGUGGAUCGAGAAGCUCGGCUGGGGCACACCCCUUUCCCCGAUGUCAUGGAGCAGGUCUUCCACGAAGUGGGCAUUGGCAGCGUGCUCUCGCUGCAGAAGUUCUGGCAACACCGCAUUAAAGAUUAUCACAGCUACAUGCUCCAGGUUAGCAAGCAGCUCUCUGAAGAGUAUGAGAAGAUUGUCAACCCUGAAAAGGCAGCAGAAGACACAAAGCCUGUGAAGAUUAAGGAAGAACCUGUUAGUGAUAUCACCUUCCCCAUAAGUGAGGAGCUGGAGGGAGAUUUGGCUUCUGGGGAUCAGUCUUUGCCUGUUGGAGUCCUCGGAGCUCAAAGUGAGCGCUUCUCAGCCAACUUAGAAGUAGAAGCUUCCCCGCAGACUUCAGGGGCUGAGGUGAAUGCUUCCCCUCUCUGGAAUUUGGCACAGGUGAAAAUGGAGCCACAGGAAAAUGAGGAGGCCAAUGUACACGGCCAUGGGGUCCUAGGCAGUGAUGUCUUUGAGGAACCAAUGUCAGGCAUGAGUGAAGCUGGGAUGCCACAAAGCCCCAAUGGCUCUGAGAGCAGCUAUGGUUCUCAUUCUGCUGACAGUCUGAUGGGAUCCUCGCCCGUCUUCAACCAGCGCUGCAAGAAAAAGAUGAAGAAGAUGUGAAAAGAGAUGGACUUUUUAUUUAAUGCUGGUGGUAUGUAAUAGACUUGAACUAAGAGAGCACUGUGAUGGCUAUAAUUGAUUAACAGGGCUGGCCCUGGUGUGAGGGACCUUGCAUAAAAUUCCUGUGAGACAUGAUGUAUAGUGCGCUUCAGCUUCCCUCUUUUCUGGCUUCUGUAACUCCAUCCUGACUCAUGGUGUCAUGCCUUGCUUUGACAGGUAACAAGGAAGUCACUAGUGGAAAGCAGUUUGUGAGGAAAUUUGCUGAAUCAUGGAAUUAUCAAAUACUUUGGGUUGAAUGGACAUCCUGAGGUUUCUAGUCUAGUUCAGCCUUCUGCUUCAAGCACAGCCCGUUUGAUCAGAUUGCUCAGGGCCUUGUCAGGUUGAGUUUUGAGUGUCUCCAAGGAUGGUGAUGCCAGACCUCAUUGGAUGUUUUCCCAUAUUUAACUACUCUCAUAGUAAGAAAAAAGUAUGUCCUUGCAUCCAGUUGGAAUUUCCCAUGUUCCAACUUGUGCUCAUUGCCUCUCUUUUAUUAUUGUAUGUCUUCCCCAGCAUGCCUGUUAAGUGGUUGUGUACAGUGAGAGCCUUUGCUCUUCCUAAAUCUGAUUAAACCAAGCUGUCUCUGCCUCUCCUUGAACACCUUGUGCUUCAGCCCCCUAACCAGCUUUGUGGCCUUUCAUUAAAAUUGCUGCAGUGCCCUUCUUGUCAGGGUGAGCACAGAGGUGGAUAAAGUCCUCCAGAUACUGUUUCACAAGUGCCAAAUAGAGAGAAGCAAUCAUUUCCCUCAUUGUGCUGGCUGUAUUCUGGAAAACUGUUGCUAACAAGGCAGGAUAUUUCACUGGUGUGGGAAGCCUUGCUGCUGACCUCACAAAGAUGCUGUGCAGUGGACUCAAAGUGCCAUCAGCCAGCUCCUUCACAUGCAUCCUGUCUGGUUCUGUGGCUGAUCCGUAUGGCUGAUUGCCUUAAGCUCUUGAUCCAGUGUUCUUCCUCUGGCGUAGGUUACACUCUGCUAAUAGACCCAUGGAUCUGGCAGGCCUGAAGGCAGUCCUUACCAGUGAAAACAGGCAAUAAAGGUGUUAAAUAUACUAGCUUCAAAGUGCACGAUUGUGACCAGAUAGCCUGUGUCAUUCAACAGUAAACCUGUGUUCUCUUUAACCUUUCUUAAAAAAGCCCUUCUCCACAUUUCUUACCAGUUUCAACUCCAGCUGAGCUUUGGCUUUUCUAGCUGUCCCUGGACACUUGGUCUGUGUCCCUAUAUUCCUGCUGGCCAAGCCAUUCCCAGUACCAGCACACACCAGCAUAUUCCCACCUCUCUGUACUUUUAUCCGUGUGUUUGAGCUCAGUCAGAAGCUCCUUGAUCACCUGUGCUGGUCUGCUGUCAUGUCUCCUUUGCUUUCUGCUUGUCAGAGAGGGCUGUGCUACUUUGAGCAGGCUGCCUUUGAGGAAAAGGCAGUACUCUCAGGCUCCUUUAGGAGGCCAAGACAGUCCCUCCUGGGAUCCUGCCAAGGCAUUUCUUAAAUAAACCAAAAUGUGUUGUCCUAAAGGUCCAGAACUCUCUUUGUCUUGUACGUGUUACUCAGGAUUUUAAAUGCCACAAUUCCAUGUCUGCUGCAGCCAAGGCUUUCAUGUUGUCCACCAAUUCCUUGUUAGUAACAAGUCCAGCAGAGCUUCUUCUCUAGUUGAUUUCUUGAUCAGCUAGUCAGGGAAGUUGAUGUGAUCUUUCUGGAGAGAACAAAACAGCUUUUACUGUUGGUGUGUGCUAGUGCUGGCAAUGCAAAUUUUUCCUUUGCUCUCAUUGGAUUAAGUUCAGCAACUUCAGACUGGCUGAGGACAUUGUUAUCUCGAUGACUUAGUCUGAAAUAAAAUCUAUUUUGCUGCUUGCUUUCGUGGCUCAGCUGACUGAUGGCUUUUUUUUUCCUUGGUUCUGCACAAUCUUCAAUUGAUCA